AUGGCGUCAGAUACGCCGGAUCCACAAAAUUUGAAAUCAUGGAAGGAGGCAUUCCAAUACCCGAUCCCCACGGUGCGGCGCGUGGAGCAGGAGCUCCGACGCGAUAUCACAAGCAACAAAGAGAAGCUGCGAGCUCUGGUCGGAGCAAGAUAUCGCGACUUACUGGGGACUGCGGAGACAAUUGUUGAGAUGAACGUGGGGAUCCAAGAUGUUGAGGGGAAGCUGACCGACAUUGGACGGAGGUGCAACAAGAACCUGAUAGACAAAAAGUCAAUUCAUCUCAAUCGUCUCAAGCAUGAUGCUGCAGGCGGUGACCGUCGCUUGGGGUCUGCCAAUUCGACAGCUGAGGACAUUAUCGAAUCGAUGGCGGCUUUCUGUUUAGCAACCAGCAUGUCGUCCGCUGACGUGAUUCGUCAUUUUCAUCAAGUCCGCCUGGAAGUGAUUGGGAAACAGCUGGGACAGAGUGAUUCCUCGGGAGAAAAUAUCUCAAGGGCACUCAAUUUAUACAUCCGGACCCUCCAAAGCACCAAGAUACUCUUUUCUCGCCGGCUAUCCGAUGCUCUAGGAAAACUAACGGCCCGUCCACUUUUGACCGACGCGGACAUUCGGAACCUAAAUGAUUUGGAUAUCGACGUCUUUGAACGCUGGGUGGCCAGUGACGUCAAGAACUUUGCACCGUGGAUCAAAUUGAGCGACGUAUCCAAAUCAGAAGCCGAGAAGAGUAUCAAGAACUGGUCCAAACAGGCAUUUGAGCGCUUUACGAAAGGCUGCCAGGAAAGUUUGAAGGACCGCACAGAUUUCGCAGAUGUUAUCUCACUACGAAAGAAGGCACUGGAUAUAUGGCUGGCGGCUGCUCCGGCGACCCCAACGCACUCGUCACUGAGUGUGUUAGAGGGCAUCAGGAAUGUCUUCAACGAGCAGCUAACCGCCAUUUUGCAGUCUCAGGCAAAACAAUUGGUGUCCAUAGGGCAGGAAGUCGCGUCUAUAAUUAGCGAUUGGGAGAAUCAAGGCCACGGCCGCCCUCAAUCACUGUGGAGCACUUCUCUCACCUCCAUGGACUACUCAAGUGGUGCUGGUUCUUUUAAACGGGCAGUCAUGGAUACGCUCCUAGGUCAGGAUGAGAAAAUUUCUGCCGUUUUGAAGGCCUACAAUUCAUGGCUGGGGACAAUUCAACACUCUAAAAAUCUAAUUGAAGAACUACGACAAGCCAAGUGGGAGGACUUCCUUGAAGAUGAAGAAGGUGAAGACACGAUAGUGGAUCCGGUGGCCAUAUUGAACGAGGACGAUCCUCACUUCCUGCAACAAAAGCAGAGGUCAGCCGUUACUCAAGCUCUGAUGAAUCUACAAUCUUCAUUCCAUUCUACGGCUGAGGCGUUCGGCUCGUCCCAUCAAAGCGACAAAGCCGCUUUUCUGCUUCGGCUGAUCAGAGAUCUGCGAAGAGAGAUCCCAACUGAUGUCCUUCAAGAUGAAGAUCUUGAUUUCGCCAGCGAUGUCGUUCCUGGGCUACAGGAUAUCCUCGCUACUGAUGUCGUAACACGGGUGACUCCCUUGAAGAUCCUGCAACCUUCAAGAACAGCGGCCCGUCACCUACCCGGCCGUACAUUGUGGGAAGGUGAUCCAGAACUACCUGUUCAGCCCUUGCCAUCCACAUUCAAAUUUCUUCGACGACUCACUGAAACAAUGGAAGAGUUCGGUCCAGAUUUGUGGAGUCCCUCUUCUGUCAGAGUUGUGAAGGAGAAACUAAACAAGAUUAUUUCAGACUCCUUUAUGACAGAGCUGGAAGGGCUGAAAGACCCCAGCCAUACUAAUGAGAAGGUCGUUAACUCCGAGCUAAACUCUGAAGCAGCAGAGGAUGGGACGGAUAAAAAGCAGUCCUCAAAUUCGGACAACACCAGCAGUCUGGAUCCCCGGGAUUGGAAAAUCCAACUGCUAUUCGAUGCCUUUUAUCUGCGAGAUGCGUUGUCUAUCGAGAUCAGUGACGCACCCAAUCUGAACACCGUUACUGAAAAACUCCGGGAUGAGAUAGAAAAGAGCAAUGAGAUCAUCGAGGCAUUGCGGAAAGCGGCUCAUGAAUACUGGAAGAGGACGGAACUACUCUUCGGGCUCCUAGCAGCCUGA